AUGGCCUCCCAAAUAUCCAACCCAUCAAGCCGAGGUGGCUCUAAAACCUCAAUUCAGCCCAAUUUUACCGACCCCAACUUUGACCCUGCCGACUUCCUCAAUGCCUCCCUAUCACCGUUAACCGUGGCAUCAUCACAACCGAAUGCCUCCCGCACACAAGGAUCAGUUCCUUUGACAGAGCUCUCUACACAAGUCCAAUCCCUUCUCUCUCAAAUAAGCGCCCAGAACAUUCGCCUCUCGAGCACAUUAUCGCAACUCACAGACGAGAUCCUACGAAGCGGUGGACGACUAGCCUAUGAAGUCGAGGUGCUCCGAGGCGAGACAAUAGGUCUUUCAGAAACAUUGACCGAAGUCCUGCGGGAUGAUAUCGCCAGAUUUAUCCCGGAGCCAAGCGAGCGCAAGCCAGAACAAGUCGAGAAUGCACCAGAGGACGAUAUCGAAAUUACAGACCAACCAGCGCCUACUGUUUCAACGGACCCAGAAUAUGUGACGAAUCUCCGCACCCUGAACCAAGUGCGAUCCCGCCUCGAAGAGGUGGUUCAGACAUUCGGCGACGCAAUGGGGUGGCCUCUCCCUCCAUCCGAGCUCUCAUUCUCCUCAUCGUUCAUCUCGGUCUCUGGACCUGAUCUCGGCGAAGAUGGUCAAGAUCGCGAAGAGAAGGGUCAAGAGAUGAUGAAGAAUUUACGAGCUGAAGUGACGGGUUUACUGGACAGUGAAGGUGGAGGGCGCAAUGGACUGGAAGCCGCUGACCGUCGUGUCGAAGCUCUUCGGACAUUAGCGAAGGUCUGGAACAGCUCUGCGGAGGAAAAAGCUCGCAAUCGUUUCGUGGAUAGUCUUGCAAAGAUCGUGGAUGACCGGCGUCGCAGUCUGGACCAGGCUGCGGAUCAGAGCCAGCGCACCUCUUCGAGGUCCAGACCUGAGGCCCGUCGCGAUAGUGAUAGUGGUGCGCCGGCUGGGGGGCUUUUCCGAAACCUGCAGCGGCUUCGUGAGGAGAUCUACUUGGAGUGA